AGGAAAGGGAGACAUCCUCAUUUGCAUAUCCCAUUCCCACUUCUGGAAAGUUCUUUCUCAGGAUAUAUAUUUGUAGGGCAGGAGAGUCUGUUACAGACAGCUUCUCGCAGGACGCAACUCAGACAAGAAGCCCAGCGAAUCUGUGCCAGGCUGCUACAGCUGCUUUCAGAGUCAGACAGGAUGUGGAUGACAAACGUCGUAGCCCUAUGUCUGCUGGCCCUCGUGGCCUCUGCAGAGGACAAGAAGCUGAGCAGCCAUGCCACCACGCUGGCUGAUAACAGCGCCAAUCUGGCCUUCAGCCUCUACCACAACAUGGCAAAGGAGAAAGACACAGAGAACAUCCUCAUCUCUCCUGUGGUGGUGGCCUCCUCUCUGGGGAUGGUGGCUCUUGGCAGCAAGGCCUCCACUGCCUCCCAGGUCAAAACAGUCCUCAGUGCUGACAAACUGAAGGAUGAGCAUCUGCAUACAGGCCUGUCUGAGCUGCUGUCUGAGGUGAGCGAUGCCAAGACACGCAACACUACCUGGAAGAUCAACAACCGCCUCUAUGGCCCCAGCUCUGUCACCUUUGCUGACGAUUUUGUGAAGAACAGCAAGAAGCACUACAACUAUGACCAUUCAAAAAUAAACUUCAGGGACAAGAGGAGCGCAGUGAACUCCAUCAACGAGUGGGCUGCCAAGUCAACAGGUGGCAAGCUGCCUGAGGUCACCAAGGAUGUGCAGAACCCAGAUGGAGCCAUGAUUGUCAACGCCAUGUUUUUCAAGCCUCACUGGGAUCAGAAAUUCCAUGAUAAAAUGGUAGACACACGUGCUUUCCUGGUUACCCGCUCAUUCAGCAUUUCGGUUCCUAUGAUGCAUCGUACAGGUCUGUAUGACUUCUAUGAGGACACAGAGAACCGUAUCUAUGUGCUGAACAUGCCUCUGGGCCAGAAGCAGGCCUCUAUGAUCUUUAUCAUGCCCUACCACCUGGAGUCCCUGGAACGCCUGGAGAAGCUCCUGACCAGGAAGCAGGUGGACACCUGGCUUAACAAGAUGGAGAACAGAGCUGUGGCCAUUUCCCUCCCGAAAGUCUCACUGGAAGUCAGCCACGACCUGCAGAAACAUCUGGCUGAGCUCGGCUUGACCGAGGCCGUGGACAAAGCCAAGGCUGACUUGUCCAACAUUUCUGGAAAGAAGGACCUCUACCUUUCGAACAUCCUCCACGCGUCUGCCCUGGAGCUGGACAUAGAUGGAAACCCAUACGACACCAGCAUCUUUGGCACUGAAAAGCUGAGGAACCCCAAACUUUUCUACGUAGACCACCCCUUCAUUUUCAUGGUGAAGGACAACAAGACCAGCUCCAUCAUGUACAUUGGCAGAGUGGUUAGACCUAAAGGAGACAAGAUGCGCGAUGAGCUAUAAUAAUGUUGUGAAUUGUGGUUGGUAGCUUUAUUAUUUGUGAAACAAUGGCAGGAAACUGUGUAUUUUAUUUUUUUUUGGUAUGACUGUUACCUCAUGAGCACAUUCCAAUACACAAUCUGUCGACUGUUAUCAAACACACCAAACCUUUCCAGGGAACAAUUCUGUAAAACGGACUCAGCCUUAAGCCCCCUUAGACUGAAUAAUGUUCUCAAUUACAAAUAAGUAUUUUAGAUUUCCUUUUAGAAACAAACAGCAGUUGGCACAGCAGACAACAUGCUUAUAUUAAGUAUGAUCCUUUUUCCUUUACACCCUGUUAUUGCAAGUAUUGGUUCAGCUAUGAUCUCUGUGUGUUUUCUUGCAUUAUCUUUAAUGUUUAAAGAAAAAAAGAUAAUUGCACAAGCUUGUUUUACAGGUCUGUGUCAUUCCUUCCCUACAAUCUUACAGAUUCUUUUUUAAAUGUUGCAAUGUCCAGUCUGCACUGAAUUGUUCCUCUGCAUGAGCUGAGCUUGCAGAGGAAAGGUGGCAAAUGUCUGGUGUUUAAUUUAUGUUCACUUGCCAGCCAUACUGGGUCAUUUUGUUGCUGUAGGUAUUUUCCACAAAGCAGUUGUUGGAAUCGUGUGAUUAUGUAAUAAUGUGUUCAUUUUUCAAUAAAAAAAGAAAAUGAUA